AACUCAGACCCUUAUCAAACAGUCAAAAGAAUCUAAAGAAAUUUGAAAAGUGAAAAAUAAUCGUCUAGAACUGUGAAAUCAUUCGAUAAAAAUGCCUUCUGAAGCCGCCAAACGCCGAGCUGCAAAAAAGAAAGAAGCUUCAAAGAAGAAGCCGGUCAAAAAAACUCAAAAUGAAAAUGGCAAUGGAGAUGUGAAUGGAUUAAACACAGAAGUUGAAAACCUGUCGUUGAGUUCACGUUCUUGUACUGGUGUUCUUGCCUCCCAUCCUCUUGCUACUGAUUUGCAUAUCCAUAAUUAUUCCUGUACUUUCCAUGGCCAGGUACUUUGGGAAGACACAAAUUUGGAAUUGAAUUCUGGGAACAGAUAUGGAUUAAUCGGCCUUAAUGGAUGUGGAAAAACCACUUUACUACGAAGUCUCGGACAUAGAGAUGUUCCCAUUCCUGAUCAUAUUGAUGUUUUUAUUCUUGAUCGUGAGAUGGAAGCGAGCGAUAAAACUCCUCUCCAAACUGUCAUGGAAGUUGAUAAAGAAAGAACGCGGUUGGAAAAAGAAGCAGAAAGAUUGAGUCAUGAAGAUCCGGAAAGUGAUCAUUUGUUUCAAAUUUAUGAACGUUUGGAUGAACUGGGUGUCGAUUUAGCUCAAGUUCGUGCAGCAAGAAUUUUACACGGACUUGGAUUCACUGCAGCUAUGCAGCAAAAGAAAUUGUCAGAUUUUUCUGGUGGUUGGAGAAUGAGAGUUGCUCUUGCUAGAGCAUUGUUUGUGAAACCAUAUCUUCUACUUCUUGAUGAACCGACAAAUCAUCUGGACUUGGACGCCUGUGUGUGGCUGGAAGAGGAAUUAAAAACAUUCAAGCACAUUCUUGUAUUAAUUUCACAUUCUCAAGAUUUUUUAAACGGAGUUUGCACAAAUAUGAUACACAUGACACAGAAGAAAUUGUCUUAUUUUUCGGGUAAUUAUGAUGCAUUCAUUCGUACAAAACUUGAACUUGAUGAAAAUCAAAUGAAGAGAUAUAAGUGGGAACAGGAUCAGAUUUCUCACAUGAAGGACUACAUCGCUAGGUUUGGUCACGGAAGUGCCAAGUUAGCAAAACAAGCACAAAGUAAAGAAAAGACUUUAGCUAAAAUGGUUGAAAAAGGUUUGACACAGAGAGUUUCAUCUGAUAAUGGAAUUAGUUUUUUCUUUCCUGAAUGCGGAAAACUAGCUCCACCUGUCAUGAUGGUUCAGAAUGUCAGUUUCAGAUACAAUGAUCAAACUCCUUUAAUCUACGAAAAUCUUGAAUUUGGAAUUGAUCUUGAUACAAGGCUUGCUCUUGUUGGCCCCAACGGAGCUGGAAAAUCAACUUUAUUAAAGCUAAUUGCAGGAGAGCUCGUGCCCAGUGAUGGAUUAAUACGAAGACACAGUCAUCUUAAGAUAGCAAGAUAUCAUCAGCAUUUAACUGAUCAACUCGAUCUUGAUCUUUCACCCCUUGACUAUAUGAUGAAAUGUUAUCCUGAAAUCAAAGAAAUUGAACAGAUGAGAAGAAUCAUUGGAAGAUACGGACUAAGUGGAAAACAACAGAUCUGUCCUAUUUCGAAGUUAUCAGAUGGCCAAAAGUGUCGAGUUGUAUUCGCGUGGUUGGCUUCGCAGAAUCCUCAUCUCUUACUACUUGACGAACCCACUAAUCACUUGGAUAUCGAAACUAUCGAUGCACUUGCGGAAGCCAUCCUGGAUUUUAACGGUGGAAUGAUACUGGUGUCUCACGAUUUUAGGCUCAUUAGUCAGGUGGCAAAAGAUAUCUGGAUUUGUGAAAAGCGAACCGUGACACCAUGGACGAAAGGAAUUAUUGCUUACAAGGAUUCAUUAAAGAAGAGAGUGAUGAAGGAGGAUAAAGAUUUGUCUAAGGGACGAAGUGCUGAUCAUCACAGUGAUGAUGAUGAUGACAAAAAGAAACCUGCAGUUGUACAGAAGAAAGCAGUUCCAAAAAAGAACAUGAUUGUCGGAAUUGUCGCAGCUAAGAAGUCGUCACCAAAAACUGAAAAAAAUACUGCACAGUCUAAUGGACAUAAAGAAGAAGUUGACCAUUGGGAUCAAGAUUAAUGAGAAGAUCCCUAAACUUUGGAAACAAUUUGAGAUGUUAUACACAUAUUAGGAAAUUUCGAAGCCGUUUUUGUGUAAAUAUUCAUAGGUGAUUUUGGAAACCAAAUUUAUUUUGGUGUCAUUAUUCACGAUACACUUAUUGGUGAUAUUUAAUGAAAUAUACAAAGUUAUAAAUUAUUUUUCCAAAUUGUACGAACUAUUGGUCCAACUUCUCAUUCCUUUUGAACUUUUCACGACCCGCACGUGGAAACAGUGGCUUUUACUUCCCCAAACUUGCUAUUUUUGUGAAGAAUAGGUAAAUUCAAUCUAUAUUUUUCGUGGAGUUCAAAAUAAGGUUUCCAAGACUUGUUCCGAUUUAGGAAUUCAUACGAGGGUUAAAUUGAUCAUAAGACCAUUGUAUAUACACAUCGUUAAAUACUUAUCUAGUCUCAAAACUUUUUUGCUAGCCAAUAUUAAAACUCUAAUAAUAUUUAGCUAUGACUAUGUAAUGAAUGAGUGUUGAGUAUUUAGGUUAAUUUGUUCUUUGUGUGAAUCCUUGACUUUGAGAUGUUGUACAUUUUUUUCCCCUUUGUACAUUUUGAGUUCAGUUUUGUAUGAGUAACUUAUUUGUUUUUUGAUAUUUAUUUCUUAGGAAAUUUUGUCAAUGAAAUAUUGCUCUGUCUGCUGAUAUGUUUUCCUUUCUCUUUGCUUUCCACUUGAAACUAAAUGCAGCCUAUUUUCUGUAACAUGUUCGCCAGAGUCCA